CGGGGUCCUUACAGAGGAUGCAGGUUAAAGCGCUGAGCCGCAUUUUCUAAUGCUUUAUUUACAAGGCGCACGAGCGCAUCGGUGACGGAAGUGGUUUCCGUGUUUGUGUUUGUGUUUUGGUGUUUAUGAGGAUUUUAAAGAUGUAAAUAACUCACACACGAGUCACAACAAGCGAAACUGGCCCUGUCCCGCUUUAUCCACAACUGUCUUUAAUCAUCAUCAUCAUCAUCAUCUUCAUCAUCAUCUUCAUCUUCGGCCCAGUGCUGAGCGUCUCGGUGUCUGCUGCGUGAAAGGAGGUGGAACUGACUGUUCCGGUUGUUCCUGUUGAUCCUGAGUGUUCAGGAGUGUUCCGGUGUUUCCUGCGUGAUGGAUGGCGAGGCUCUGGUUCACAGCUGGCCGUGUUCCUACUACGUUAACGGCGAUAAGCGCUGGGCGAGCGGCCGUCUCACACUGACCCCGAGCGCCGUGCGCUUCAGCUCGUCGUCAGGCGGAGACGGAGGUGCGGUUCUGCUGCUCCCGCUGUCCCGCGUCACACACAUCAACACCGAGUCGUCCUGCUUCAUCUUCAGCGCCGUGACCCUGCAGGAGCGCGACGCCCACAAGCACUGGUUCUCCUCCCUGAAACCGAGCGCCAGCGCCGUGUUCCACGUCCUGCAGCACUUCUGGAGAGAGUCGCUCGCCCUGCACACACACUCCACACACACUCCGCUCAGCCGCGGCCAGAGACUCAUCAGCAUGGUGAGCGACGCCCAGCACACACUCUCACACACCGGCAGGGCGCUGAGUCAGCAGGGAGAACAGUUCCACCACAUGAUCCACCAGCUCGACAAGAUGGAGUCCGACCUGGGCGUGGCCGAUAAGUUGCUGUCGGAGCUGGAGUCUCCCGCGUGGUGGCCGUUCGGUAAGUUUCCCUGGAACAGGAAGUGCCACCCGGAACCGGGUAAAGGUGAAGCUAAAGCUCCGCCCACUGAAGGCUCCGCUAAAUCGUCUCGAGAGAUCCUGAGCGUGCCGGUUGUGUUUUACCGCGGCGGUGAUAUAAACGGCGCUGAUGUGAAUUCCGGCGCUCUGGUGUUGCUAGUCUCCUCCUUGGAGGUGCGCGACGCUAACAGCCGGCUCGUUCAUCGCUUCCACAAACAGGAAGUGGACGAGAUCCGUGUGCAUGGCGUUUGUGACAUCAGCGUGCGGCAGCGCCACAUCGGAAAACCAGACGUGUGUUUCAGGUUACUGUCAGCCAAGAUGGCGGAGGCGCUGUGCGUCCUCGAAGUGCAGUACAAGAAGAAGGUGGAGUUCGCCAGGGAUUACUCAGGGUUCCAGGCCACGCCCAGUGAUGACAUCACACCAGGGAGCACGGCGUUCUGGGGCGCAGGAGCGAGUUCAGACUCAGAUGUUCCUGUACAGCUUCCUGCAGGAGAUCUGACUCCAGUUCAGCUCCAUGUCCAGCAGAACACAGUGAGUCAGGAGGAGGCGCAGGAGCUCAAACAGAUGUUGCUGCAGCUGAAGUCUCUGGCUCUGGAGGCGGACAGUGAGCUGCAGCGUCAGGAUGAAGCUCUGGACGUGUUGAUGUCCUCCAGCGACCGCAGCACCGCCACCAUCGACACACACACACGCAGGAUCAGGAAACUGCUCUGACCUUCAUCACCAUCAUCAUCAUCACCUUCCUCAUCACCUUCAUCAUCAUCACUAACCAACAUGAGCACGUCCUCCAGGACGUCCUCCUGCAUGACUCAGUGUCUCCCCCUACAGGCAGUGAGGUGGACAGGUGAACUUCACAGACUGACCUCUGUAUACAGAGAUUUCCUGCACGUCUGCCAUGAAACACACACACUGACACACACACACACUGACACACACACACACCUGAUUCAUUUACAUAAUGAUGUGCAAUCUGUAUGUGCUGUACAUAUACUGUAUGAUGUUUUAAUCUUGUUUAAUCUUAUUUUUAUUUAUUUAUUUGUUGUCAGGAUAAUAAUAAACACACAGUAAGCAGUAAAGUAGCGCAGUAACACAUCAACCGCCAUCGCACAUAACGUGUAGGUCCUUAUCUAUAGCCUCUUCAUGGGGUGUGUGUGUGUGUGUGUGUGUGUGUUAAACAUCAUUUACAAACUGAAGUGAAGAAAAAAACAUGACAUUAAGUGGAACUAAUGAAGAGUUUAAUUACAGCAGGAGAGAGAGGAUCAUAAACACACAGGUGUAGAUGACAAAAGGUAUAAACGCUACCUGAACAAAGGACAUAGAACACUAAGAACUAGGAUUAGAGAGAAGGAAAAGAGGAGGUAGGGAAUGAGGAAACUGGGAAUCAUGUUUAAGAAAAACAGGUAAAGGGAAACAGGGAACAAGGGAGGGAACUGGA